UUUUGUUUCUUAAACCUUUCCCUUCCCUCGGACUCUCUCCUCCCUUGCUCCUCCUUCCCGGGCGGCGACGACUGGGCGAGCGGCGGCGCCAUUUGUCACGUCUUCGCCCAGCCCUUUGCCGGCGACGAGCAUCCACCAGGGGCUCGCUGGUUGUGCAAAUACCAACUUUUAGAUUAUUGAAAAUGGGAGCAUGAAAGGGUCAGGACGGUCAUUGAUUUUGGACAAACAAGAUCUUCCAUGGAACCAUCCUCACAGCCGCAGCCUGUGAUGGGUGUUGCUACUGGUGGAUCACAAGCUUAUCCUGCUGCCGCUGCCUAUGCGCCUCCAGCAAUGGUACCUGGAGCUCCUGCUGUUGUUCCUCCUGGCUCACAGCCAGCAGCACCAUUCCCCAAUCCGGCUCAACUCAGUGCUCAGCACCAGAUGGUCUACCAACAAGCUCAGCAAUUUCACCAACAACUGCAGCAACAGCAACAGCAGCAGCUCAGAGAGUUCUGGACUACCCAGAUGGAUGAGAUCGAGCAGACAACUGACUUCAAGAACCACACCUUGCCACUUGCAAGGAUAAAGAAGAUAAUGAAGGCUGAUGAGGAUGUGCGGAUGAUCUCUGCAGAAGCUCCUGUUGUCUUUGCGAAGGCAUGUGAGGUAUUCAUAUUGGAGCUGACAUUGAGAUCAUGGAUGCACACAGAAGAGAACAAGCGCCGGACCUUACAGAAGAAUGACAUUGCAGCUGCCAUCACUAGGACUGACAUAUAUGACUUCCUGGUGGACAUAAUUCCUAGGGAUGAAAUGAAAGAAGAGGGACUCGGGCUUCCAAGGGUUGGGUUGCCGCCUGCUGUGGGGGCGACGACUGAUAGUUAUCCACCAUAUUACUAUAUGACAGCACAGCAGAUGCCACCAGGAGGUGGAAUGAUAUAUGGUGGCCAGCAGGGUCACCCAGUUACGUAUAUGUGGCAGCAGCCUCAGGGGCAAGAGGAAGAGCCUCCUGAAGAGCAGCAGCAGCAACGAUCCGCCUGAAAGUAGCUAAGAGAUGAUACAGCUAAGCCUUGCAUGAUGAUCCCGAACCUAGGCCUCUAAACAAACGAUUUGGUUAUGUUAUUGUGCCCAUGAUUGCUGGCCGAGACGGUUAUUUGUCGUUAACUAGGAAAGAGUUUCCUAAUGGUAGUUUCAACUCGCGACGCUGCCAUGACAGCAUUAGAAAAAGAUUGUGAUUUGGUAGGCGAUUUGCAGCUAAUGUAGUAUGAUUACCAUUUUCUGUCUAAUCGAAUAUUCGAACUGCUGGGCCAAUGGAGGCCCUUUUAUGUGUUUGCCUCUUUUGCCGGCCA